AUGGCUAAAUUAGUAAAUUCCAAAUCCCGAUUCUUGAGUUUGCUUCGUUAUGCCAACCAUCGAGAUAAAACCUAUCUAGUGAUCGGAUCGAUUUUUGCAGCUGGAGCCGGAGUGAUUAGCCCAAUCAAUGUGCUCAUUUUUCGCGAUGUGGUCAACAAUUUCACAUCAGAUGCAUUUUCCUACGUUGGAACACGCACUUCUGUCGGUUACUUUGUUGUUAUUGGUUUCGUGAUGUUGGCGGCAACUUUUAUGCAAGCGUUUCUGUUAUCUGUUGGAGCCAGCCGGUUGCGCAGAAGAUUGCACUAUUUAUGCUUUGAAAGUCUUUUGCAAAAGGAUCCCAGUUGGUAUGAGAACAGAUCGGCCGCAGAUAUUGGAACAGUGAUCGAAAACCAAGUCAAACUUGUAGAAAUGGGAGUUGGACUCAAAUUAGGCGAAUUCAUACAGAAUACUUGCGGUCUGCUAGCUGGCGUGAUUGUGGCGUUUACCGAGGGUUGGAAAUUGUCUCUCGUGGCUAGUGCCUUGCUACCAUUUGUCCUCCUGUUCUUCGGAAUGUUCGGUUUCAUUGUGAACCGUCUUUUACUCGUGGAGAAAUUGGCAUACUCCGAGGCCGCAGUCACAUCGAUGGAGGCGUUCAAAUUUGUUCGAACCGUGUAUGGUUUUGGCACGGAGAAGGAAGAAGUGAAACGUUAUUCAUCCCAACUGCGCAAUCCGGAGAUAGCCGGGAUUCAGCGAUCAGUGAUUGUCAGUUCAAGUGAGGAUUGUGUUUUGCAUUGA